AUGGACCCAAAACGUGGAUCUGGCCGACGAAAUAGCGGAAGACGACCUUCGCAACCAUCACCUUCAGAGCAUCAAAUCUCGCCUUCUGAUACAAUUGGGUCUCAAGAAGCCUCAGAACAAUUCAAACACUCUCGAACCACUGCACGACGUAGUUCAGCAUCUAGCUCCGAGUCUCAAGGCAAACAAUCCGCUGCGCGGCCCUCGGCCCGACGACCACGUAGUCGAAGAAAUACUAGAGAGCGAAUUGAUAAUUCCGCUCGACUAAACUCCCUAUCAUACGAACUGAACGCAGGUCGUUCCAGCUCAAUAAUACGCAGAGACGAAUCUACGAUACGCGCGGCAGAAUAUUGCGAGGAGGAAGCUCAGAUCGCUUACAUGGGAAUGAUGUCAGGACCUACCUACUCUUCGAGAUCUGAUAAAACAUUUCCUGAGUACACAGGCAAGAAGAUUGAUUAUGCCUCUAGUAUAGACGCACCUAGAUGUUAUAGUACAAGGCAUCCUCCUCAGCCAUUGCAGUCCAGCAAGCAUAUGGCUGAAGUUGUAGCAGCGGGAAAGAGAUCGCGCCAGAAACAUUUGACAAUCUUGGGGUAUCACGGAUUCAGUUGA